CUACUCACAGUUCUGCAGCCAGGACGAGGCGAUAAGAAGCAGCUCGGUCCCUUUUUUCACUUGCGGCACCAAAGCGGAAGCACUUCAUUGGUCCGCGAGGUCAAGAUCAACGUUAGCUAAACAGCAAGAUGGCUCACAGGCUGCUAGUACGUAGAAUUUGGACACUCUCUGUGAGAGAGAGCCGCUGCCUCCCAGCAUCCACCGCUACCAUCCCUUCAUCGUCUUUUUCCACCUCACUGCAGUCCGCCACAACCCGGGUCUCCUUCCUCUCUCCCUCACGCACUCUGCCUCGCUCCCUUCCUCACACCUCCUGCCGGGCGGUCUCCUUCAAUGUCCAGGACCAUGAGGAUUUCACAGAGAGGGUCAUCAACAGCAAACUGCCCGUGCUAGUUGACUUCCAUGCACAGUGGUGUGGUCCCUGUAAAAUCCUGGGGCCAAGGUUGGAGAAGGCUGUUGCGAAACAGAAAGGCCGUGUUGCCAUGGCAAAAGUUGACAUUGAUGAUCACACAGACCUGGCUAUUGAAUAUGGGGUGUCUGCUGUUCCGACAGUAAUCGCCAUGCGGGGGGGUGACGUCGUUGACCAUUUUGUGGGUAUCAAAGAUGAUGAUGAGCUGGACUCAUUUGUCAGCAAAAUCAUUGGACAAUAAACCAACUGUUCCUGCUCUGACGUUCACCACCAAUCUGGUGCUGUUUAGUAUGAUUCUGGCAUGGUCGGCAGCCCUUAGCCGCCAUUUUGAGCCUGUUUAGCAACCGCCAACAAAUACAUAAAACCCGGUUGGCAAGCUCUCAAAUGCUCACACCCAUCCCUAGACACACUGCUUCAGCUGUGCAUUACUGCUUAUGUCUCUCUGUCUGUCCCUCUUGUUUUUUUGUCCAGUGCUGGGUGUGUGCCUCCAUUAAGCUUUUAGUUCCUGCUGUGCUCCAUUUUGCAGCAGUUCCAUUUCUCUUAAAUAAUGUGACAGCUCCGCAGCUCUAUUCAUACCACUGGAGCUGCUGAGCUGGUGUUUACCAGUUUGCUGUAAAAGUCUGUAGAAUGGGGAAAGUACACUGCAGUUAUGCACUUAUACUUUAUGACAUGAGGGAAGAACUUUUACAGUUUAAUGGUCUAGAAGAUUUAACUUUAAACCUGACGAUACUGAAUGAGGUUUGUGACAGUGUUACCUGUAGUUCCUGCUUUUGUCCACAAGAGGGUGGCAUUUCUUUAACCUCACAGAGCCACACUUGGUCAUUUUACACCAAUAUGCCUAAUAAUUGUGAGAAUGGUAGAGGUGUUUGCUUGUGUGUUUGUGUGUGUGUGUGUGUGUGUGUGUGUGUGUUGUUGGGUCCUGACUGUGAAACUUAAGUGAAGCAGGAAUCGCAAAAUAUGAGUUUGAUUUAGUUUAUUACUAAAAUGAACUCUAUGUACCAGAAUCAUGACCAAGUGAUGUAAUAAAAGAGUCAAAAGAU